AUGAGCGGCCGUGUAUUCGUCGUGGCCGCCGCCGUCGGUGUGCUGGUCGCCGCCGCUGCCGUCUCCUCGAGGCCCGUCGUGCCUCUGGCUACUAGCCGCCCUGAUGCCGGCAGUAACGAGCUGUCCGUGUACUUCCACGUGGACUCGUGCCCGCAGCUGGAGACGAUCGUGCGGUCCACCGUGGACGCGGCGCUCCAGCAGAACGUGCGUCUCACAGCGGGGCUCCUCCGGCUCUUCUUCCACGACUGCUUCCCGCAGGGGUGCGACGCGUCCAUCCUGCUGGACAACGGCGAGCGCGGCCUCCCGCCCAACAUCGGGCUGCAGCAGGAGGCCGUGCAGCUGGUGGAGGACAUCCGCGCCAAGGUGCACGCGGCGUGCGGGCCCACGGUCUCGUGCGCCGACAUCACCGUGCUGGCCACCCGCGACGCCGUCAGCCUGUCCGGCGGCCCAUCCUUCACGGUACCGCUCGGCCGCCUCGACAGCGCGGCGCCGGCGUCCAGCAACGAUGUGUUCACGCUGCCGCCGCCGACAUCGACCGUGGACGAGCUGCUGUCGGCGUUCGCCAGCAAGAACAUGUCGGACCCGGCAGACCUGGUGGCGCUGUCGGGCGCGCACACGGUGGGGAAGGCGCGGUGCAGCUCGUUCGGCGCCGUGGCGGGCCCGGCCACCGACGAUAUCACCCGGUGCGUGACGGCCACGUGCUCCGCCCCCGGCAGCGCCGACACGCUGCGGGACCUCGACUUCCUGACGCCGACGUUGUUCGACAACCUCUACUUCAUCGAGCUGACGCUGAAGAAGAACAAGGGGGUGAUGCUGCCGUCGGACCAGGGGCUCGUCACCGACCCGCGCACCAGCUGGCUCGUCCAGGGCUUCGCCGACAACCACUGGUGGUUCUACGACCAGUUCGGGACCUCCAUGGUCAAGAUGAGCCAGCUCAGGGGCCCGCAGGGGAACGUCGGCGAGAUCCGCCGUAACUGCUUCCGCUCAAACACCAACAGCGGUGUCGCCGCCGCCGGCACCACCGCCACUGCUUGA